ACGAGCAGCAUCACCAUUCACUGCGCUACGAGCACUAGGUCUAAAUACCUCCGAGAAUAUUCUAUAAAAUUAGUAAACUGCCGGGCCUUGUGGCGAUCGAAAAGUAAAAAGUGUUGACAAUACUCCCGAAAAUCUCACCAACGGAUUACUGCAAAAGACAUGGCUGUUUCGGCUCUCAACAUGACACCCUACUUUGCUGGAUAUCCCUUCCAAGGACAAGGUCGCGUCAACCAACUUGGCGGCGUCUUCAUCAACGGGCGUCCGCUGCCCAACCACAUCCGUCGCCAAAUCGUUGAGAUGGCGGCCGCUGGGGUUCGUCCCUGCGUCAUCUCCCGCCAGCUGCGCGUCUCCCACGGUUGCGUCUCGAAAAUCCUGAACCGCUUUCAGGAGACUGGCUCCAUCCGGCCAGGAGUGAUCGGCGGCAGCAAGCCCCGCGUGGCCACGCCCGACAUCGAGUCCAGGAUCGAGGAACUGAAGCAGUCGCAGCCCGGUAUCUUUAGCUGGGAGAUCCGCGCCAAACUGAUCGAGGCCGGAGUCUGCGACAAACAGAGUGCCCCCUCGGUGAGCUCCAUUUCGCGCCUUCUUCGCGGAUCCUCUGGAUCGGGAACCUCGCACAGCAUCGAUGGCAUCCUCGGUGGAGGCGCUGGCUCAGCGGGAAGCGAGGAUGAGAGCGAGGACGACGCCGAGCCCAGUGUGCAGCUGAAGAGGAAGCAGAGGCGCUCCCGCACCACCUUCUCCAACGACCAGAUCGACGCCCUAGAGCGCAUCUUUGCCCGUACCCAGUACCCUGAUGUCUACACCCGCGAGGAGCUGGCCCAGAGCACCGGAUUGACCGAGGCCCGCGUCCAAGUGUGGUUCUCCAACCGUCGUGCCCGUCUGCGCAAGCAACUGAACACCCAGCAGGUGCCCAGUUUCGCACCCACAGCCGCUUCUUACGGAGCCACUGGCACCUCUAGCUCCGCACCUGCUCCCAACAUGGGCAUGAGUCUGUACGGCAACCAGACCUGGCCAUCUUCGGGAGCUGCCUAUGAGAAUCACGGCGCCUACAGUGGAUCGGUGGCAUCCAUGUCGCCGUCUAGCAGCACCUCCGGCAGCAGCUCUGCCGCCCACAGCCCCGUGCAGACGCAAGCUCAGCAGCCAGGAGCCGGCAACGAGUUCAUUAGCUCCACCUACGUGGCAUCGGGCAGUGCUGCAUACCCGUCCACUGCAUCGACCGCCUAUGCCAUGCCCCCGACCGCCGCCUCAUCUGCGGAACAGCUCCGAUCGCAGUUUGCAUCCGCGGCUGCCUCCGGCUCUCACCACCCUUCCUCUUGGGACAGCUACAACUUUGCUGGAUCCUUCUUCCCUCCCACUGCUGCCGCUGGCAACCACAUGGCCGGCUACCACCAUCAGGUCGACCAGAAGAGUUCCAUGAUGUCCAGUGCUCCCGCAUAUCCCUACUUCGGAUUCUAAGACUUCCCUCAACUUUAAUUGUAAUAAAACUAGCAAUAAGUCGUCAUCUAAACCCCCUAAGACUGUUUAAAAUUAUUUUAAAUCGUAUUUUAAGACUCAUGUUCUUGGUAAAUAUAAGA